AUGAUCGACUUCAUGGACUACGUUGUUCAAGCGUUUGGAGCGGCGACCGACUGGAAUCCGGACAACAGCUACUCAUUCUUGACCGCGACCUCCGACGCAUUACUGUCCUUUCAGACUCCCUCGACUCUAGCAUUGCAUGUUUCUUCUCUGAGCACACCGAAUUUCGCGACCUCGUAUACGUUGUCGACAGUGGGACAGAUAGAUGGUUCAAUAUCAUACCUUUACUCUACGGUUCCUCUUGGACACAUACCUUCGCAAGCGCCGAGCAUUCCACUAAAGUAUCUGGUGCGAGGUUACAGGGAUAUCAGACUCCCAAUUGUACUGGAUGAACAGAGACGGGGGGCUGGGUUUGGGUCAGGGUCAUUAGAGCAAAAUGAAAAAGAAAGACAACGAAAACCCACAUUGCUACAUGCAACACUUGCUCUCCCACCGCCGUCAGUCCUUACAGCACUUUAUGCGCGGCGUGUCAAUCUCGAAACUCUCCUUUCACUAUCACUAUACAGUAAAUCUGUGACGACGCCUGCUCUGAACUCUGGGCCUCCACCAGCGGCAGUGCUCGCCCAUGUCCAGCGCGACACCGGCCGAUACUCAAUUGAAGGGCUCGGGUCGACUGACAACGCUCUUCUAGGGGUCCGGGGCCUAUGGAAUUUUGGCCUGUCACCGCACGUCGACGAGGGUGGAGCUUCAAUUCCUAUACACUCGCCCGAGACUGAUCUAGUCGGCGGUUUCACUGAGUUUCCAUCUGGCCUUCCACUCCCACCCUACACCGACACGCGAGCCUUGUAUCGUAAUCGCCUGGCUUCAAAGCCAUCCUUGCUGUCCGCCGGCGCAGAGUUCUACUACAGUCCUUUCACGCAUGUCAUAGGCCUCUCGACAGGUCUCCGUUUCACAACGUUGGCACCUCUUAUCACGCCUUCGGAGUCCCCCUCACGCUCGAGGACAGAUUCUGUGUUUUCUGGCAAACCACUCGCCGGGACCUCUGCUUCUCUAUUGUCCACAGCAGGCAAUACGCUUCUGACGCCAUCCAACAUCUCACACUCCUCAUUCCCAUACACCAUGACUCUGACCUUAACACCCCUAACCGGCUCCAUCUCCUCGACAUAUUCGGUGCGCCCUACACCGAAGCUCGCUCUAUCUUCUCAAUUCGACUUCAACUUCUACUCCUGGGAAUCGCGGUACGUGGUUGGCGGCGAGCUAUGGCGGCCUUACCGCAGCAGUUCGGCUUCGGUUUCGACUUCGGCUCCCAUCGAGUCUCAACAAAACACCUCUUCCACCGGCGCAGACGGGCUUUCAUGGGUCCGGACAAAGACCAAGGACUGGUUCACACCGGCCGAACAAGCGCUUAAAGAUGAACGCGUGCAGCGUGAGGAGGAGAACGUCCUGAAAUUCCGAGUCGAUAAUUCUUGGAACGUCAAGGCCCUCUGGACAGGGCGUGUCAAGAGUCUGCUCGUCUCGGCCGGAGUCAGCGUGAGCCCUGCCACAAAGCACCUAUAUCCAGUAAGUCCGGCCGUGGGGAGCGCAGUCGGGGAUCCAGGCACGAAUGUAAAGCGGUGGACUGGCUCGGUUGGCGUGAGCAUCGCCUACUCCACUUGA